GUCCAUGCAUGGGCAUGGAAUGGAUGGAUGUGAAUGCCACGAACGAUUCCGCCCCGCCGGCCAGGUGAGAGAUGAGCCUCACGGCGGCCUUCCGUGCCACCAAAAUCCCGCGCGCUCUUCCUCCAAAGUGCGGUGAGCCUGCCGCCUCCUCCUCGGCCUCGGCGUCCGGGGAUCCGCCGCCGGGGGCCGCGAAGAGUACUAAGGCGCCGCCGCCGUGGUGCGUGUACCUUAUAGCCUCAUCCCGGAUCCGCCGCACGUACGUCGGCGUCACCACCGAUUUCCCUCGCCGGCUGCGGCAACAUAAUGGUGAGUUAAAAGGUGGUGCAAAAGCUUCCUCUGCCGGCAGGCCUUGGAAUCUCGCAUGCCUUGUUGAAGGAUUUGCCAACAGAAGUGAAGCCUGUGAGUUUGAAUCGAAAUGGAAGAUCGUCUCCCGAAAAAUUGCACGGAAAAGAACUGAGCUUAGCAUGAAGUCAGUGUUGCAACAUCGAGAAGCAGCUUUGAGCAGAGUGGAAACAUUCAUGGAUUGUAGCCACCUAAAAAUCAAAUGGCAGUCAAGUUGAGACCAUUUAAUCACUUGCACUAUGCAGGUGGCAGGCAUCUAACUUGGAGAAACAUAACCACUUAAGAAUCCUCCUGUCUUCUAGCAGCUCGUAGCAAAGAUAACUUAUAAUCUUCUGCUGAACAAUCAAGAUGGCUGCUGCUAUGCUUUCUUAACAUGAAAAACCAAGAGUAGCCCCAGUGAAAUUCUAUGUUUGAUUUUUUUUUCUAUGAACAAUUGUUUCCGAACAAUAAUAUGGAUCAUGCGACACCCGUUUGUAAAUGUAAAUUAUACUUAUGUAUUGUAAUCACCUAUAUUUCUUCUCAUUC